CAUGGGUCUCCCGUCGUCUCAAUUUCUCCUUCCUCCGUAGAUUCAAAGCUCCCUCAGAUUUUAAGAUUUCUCUCUCUCAUUCUUGUUUCCUCCUAGAGAUUCCCCCAUUUCUUCACAGAGAUCAAAUUCGAAGCUCGCUACGCUCCUUGGGUUUAUCAAUUGCUGAAACCCUAGAUCUUUCUCAAAUCCCAUUUGUUGACUGAUAAAACAAAAUCGGAAUGGAUGGUAAUAGAAGCAGCAAGGAGUCGACAAGCGACUGUCGAGAAGGAUCUGUAACCAUGGAAUCAUCGGAGAUUCAGCCUCCUCGUCCUCCUCAACCACAGCCUGUGGCGGUUCUAAGUGCAAACGCGCCUCCUCCGUUCCUGAGCAAGACCUAUGACAUGGUUGAUGAUCCAGCCACCGAUUCGAUUGUGUCGUGGAGUACUAGCAACAACAGUUUUAUCGUCUGGGAUCCACCACUGUUCGCUCGAGAUCUUCUUCCCAAGAACUUUAAGCACAAUAAUUUCUCCAGCUUCGUCAGGCAGCUCAAUACCUACGGUUUCCGGAAGGUUGACCCAGAUAGAUGGGAAUUUGCGAAUGAAGGCUUCCUAAGAGGUCAGAAGCACUUGCUAAAAACAAUAACCAGGCGAAAACCUGCCCAUGCCCAAGUACAACAGCAACCUCAGCACUCAAAUGGGCAGAACUCAUCUGUUAAUUCGUGUGUUGAAGUUGGCAAAUUCGGUCUCGAAGAAGAAGUUGAGAGGCUUAAAAGAGAUAAGAACGUCCUUAUGCAAGAACUCGUCAGAUUAAGACAGCAGCAACAAUCCACUGAUAACCAACUUCAAACGAUGGUUCAGCGUCUCCAAGGCAUGGAGAAUCGGCAGCAACAACUAAUGUCAUUCCUCGCAAAGGCGGUGCAAAGCCCUCAUUUUCUGUCACAGUUCUUACAGCAGCAGAACCAGCAAAACGAGAGCAGUAGGCGAAUCAGCGAUACCAAUAAGAAGCGGAGAUUCAAGCGAGAGGGCAUUGUCAGUAGUAACAAAGAUUCUGCUUCUCCUGAUGGACAGAUAGUGAAGUAUCAACCUCCAAUGCACGAGCAAGCGAAGGCAAUGUUGAAACAGCUUAUGAAGAUGGAACCUUACAAAACCGGCGAUGAUGGUUUCCUUAUAGACAACGGUACUUCAAGUACUACAGAAGGAGCAGAGACAGAGAUGGAGAUUUCACCAAACCACGUAUCGGGUAUAACUCUUCAGGAGAUGCCAACAGCUUCCGAGAUGCAAUCAUCAUCACCGAGUGGAGCAACACCAGUUGCUGAGUUUCCAACACCAGAAGAAGCAAUUCCUUCACCUGAUGACCAAACUCUAUCUGAAUUGGCUGAUAUGCUACCAGAGAACAUCGCAGAGUUGCCUCCGGGGGAUUUCAUGGAAGGUUUUAGUCCUUUCCUAGAUUCGGAUCUGUUCAACAAUGGUUCACCCUUUGACAUUGACGACAUUCCAAUGGAUCCGGAUCUAGAACCUUCGGUUGAUGAUUACUCUGCGUUCCUUGAAGACUAUCUAAUGUCAAGCCCGGUUCAAAAUGAUAUGGAUUUAACAACAGUGGAUCUUAAAAGCAAGGAGAGUGGAACAGAGCAGAAGCAAAAUGGAUGGGACAAAACUAAACAUGUGGAUAAGCUUACUCAACAAAUGGGUCUCCUCUCGCCUGAAAACAUAGAUCUCUCAAGGCAAAAUCCCUGAUUUGGGGAAGUUUUGAAGUCUUUUGAAGCAACUCUGUUUUCCCCGAGAGCAGCAUUUUCAUUUCAUGCACUGAUUGAUCAAUUUCUUAUAUCGAAACUUGUGUUAACAUUUCUGCUUCUUGCAACUGUUAAAAUACACAUUCUGUUGAUUUACACAUUCUAUCAAGGUGAGAAUCUUUUUAAAGUUUCAAUAUAUCCUCGAAUUUGUCGCCUAUUUGUUAGAAGAAGAGCAAUGUAUAAAACUAGGUUAUGAGGCGGAAUAUUCAUAUUUCUCAUUCAAAAAAUUAUGAUUUUAUUAGCUCAUUAAUUGUCCAAAACUAAACUGAAACAAAUCUUCAAAAUUUGGCUUAUCUUCUUGAAAACCAAACCUAUCUCUGCAAAACAAAAGGAACAAAAACUUGUGAGAGAGAGGGAUUACUACAAUCUAUUUAUCACAAAAGAAUGAAGAAGAAGCUCUUCAACAGUGACUCUCUUCCUCCAAUCCUUCUCCAAACAUUUUCCAACAAAAUCUCUAAACUCCGGCGAACAACUCGCAGGAAUCUCCACCUCCUCAUUACAACAAAUCGCACAAAUCAGAGCCGCCCAAUCCGGUUUAUCCCCCGGUUUGGUCAACGGAUACCUUCCAAGGUAACACUCGAGAACCACAACUCCUAAUGACCACACAUCUCCUGCAAAUCCAACUUUUCCAAAACCCCAUUUCUCUGGAUCCACACGUUCAGGGCUCAUAUAUGCACACGUCCCACUCGAACCAUAGUCGUCUCCUCCGGCUACAAUCCUGCUCGCUCCAAAAUCCGCAAUCUUGACCUCUCCUUUCUCGUUGAUGAGGAGAUUCGAAGGCUUUAUGUCUCCGUGAACUAUCCUCAUUUCUUGCAAGUAACGCAACCCUUGGAGGACUCUGUAAGCGAGAGAUGAUAUCACAGGCUCGGGGAAGCCUUGUCGAGCAAGCAACGCCUCGUGGAGAGAUCCUUUCUCCAUAAGCUCCAUCACGUAACAUAAGUAGGAUGAGUUAACGAAAACGGCGUAGCAUUUGACGAUGAAGCUCGAUUCGAUUCGCUUGAGGAUGUCUGUUUCGACGGCGGUUGCGUUGAGAUCAUUUGACCGGAGGAGUUUUAACGCGUAGAGCGUUUUGGUUCGCCGGUGACGGGUUUUGUAGACUGUCCCACCGGUUCCUCGUCCUAAAACGGUGAGUUUCUCGAGAUCGUUUAAGGUUUCAACCGGAGAUGAUGAGUCAGGGCUUGCUGAUGAUGAUGAUAAUGAAAACGACGGCGGAGAUGGGACUCCGGCGAUGCGAAUGUAAAGUGGUGGUGGAAUAGAGAGUGUGAGUGGUUCUUGG